AAUUAUGCAACGGCAUAUGUUCCUUUGAAAGAAGUUGAAGUUCCAGAAGUAAACAUCCUGUUUGUUGGACAAGUUGGUGCUGGGAAAUCAAGUUUGUUGAACACUUUCAAUUCCAUAUUUAAAGGAGAGCUAACCUCACGAGCCUGGACCGGAAGUUCUGAACACAGUCUUACUACAAGUUUCAACAAAUUCCGAAUCAGGGACCCUUCCACAAAAAAGUUUCUAAAUUUCAGAUUGUGUGAUACGCGGGGUCUGGAAGAUAAUUUAUGCAUUAAGUAUGAAGAUAUGGCCUUCAUUUUGGAUGGAAACCUACCACACAACUAUAAGUUUAACCCUGUGGCCCACGCCUCCGUUGACACCCCUGGAUUUCAGAAUCAACCAGCGCUGAAGGAUAAAGUACAUGUUGUUGUUUUUGUUGUGGAUGGAAGCACGUUUGAUGUAAUGCCAGAAGGAAUUCUGAGGAAGUUGAGGGAAACAAAAAGUAUGGCUAUCGAUAGAGGUAUUCCCCUUCUAGUUUACGUAACGAAGGUUGACAAAAUAUGCCAAUUAGUUGACAAAGACAUCAGAGAUGUAUUUUUCAGCAAAGCAAUUGAGGGAAUCGUUAACAAAAUUGCAGAUGUUAUCGCCAUUCCAAGAUCACACGUUCUCCCGGUGAAAAAUUAUGAAAAGGAGGACGACUUGGAAACUAACCUGAAUAUUUUGGCCUUAAAAGCUUUGCGGAAGGCUCUCUUGUUUUCCGAUGAUUUUUUAGAAAACCAGUGUGAAUUACUUCAAGAAGAAACCAAAAGACUUAACACCAAAGAUUAAUUUCAUGACCAAGUAACAAGUAGUUGUAAAUGUGAUAUUGAACUAAUCUACUUGAAUAUUUUAGAUCUUUGUACAUAAUUAAGGGUAAAGCAUUAGCAUAUUAUACUCUGAAUGCAGUUUCAUAUUAUUUCAUGAAUGCGGUUUCUAAUAUAUCCUGGAUAUUAUUAUUUUCACUAACUUGUCGAUUGAAUAAUUUUUAGAAUCUCUUUGU